GACAGCGGGGGGAGGAGUCCGCUCCUGGGCCAGGCCAUCCCCCGCCGUCUCUAAGCGGCCUAGCUGGGCGCGGUGGCCUGCAGCGGGGUCACGGGACUCCUGCUAAUACCGUCCCCGGGCGCCUGACCUCCUCCAUGCGUGCUGCCAGCCCCCUCCUGCGAGGGCAGGAGCCUUACCCCAGCGUGCAGAGGCUGCAAGAACAGGGCCCUGCGCUCUGGCUACUGGCUCAGGUGUUCCGAGCAGUAGGAAACUCCCUGUUGCAUGUUUCAGGAUGAAGCUGAUAAGCCUCCACGAACAUGCGAGGAUUAUUGGUCUGAAUGGAAACACUGUAAGGGCAUCCGUAAUUUAUUCCAUAACUAUUAUACGUAUGGAGAAGCUCCCUCCUGUGAACAGUGGAAAAUAGACUAUGGCAAUUGCAGAAAGUGGGAAAAAAGCAAAAGUCCAGAUGCUAAGGAAUCCCUAUGCAAGAGUGAAAGAGCCCGGAUUCUGGAAAAACAGAAGUAUGAUCCAGUGUGGCAGCUGAGGAAAAGCCCACCAAGGGACUGGUACCUUCCUCUUGGUCAAGAUAAACCAAAGUAAUGAGACUACCUACCAUAUUUAGCCCUCAUAUACCAGAAGAUGUGAGGCCAAUGCUAUUUUUCUGCCAUGUGAUGCUGAUACAAGACUGUAGCCUCUAAAGGAGAGAGACAUCUCAUCUUAUACUUCUGCUCACAGCAGUCCCUCACCUCAUUAAUGCCUAUUUUGGAGUACAUUUAAUGGUGUUUAAGAAAUGUCUUACUGAGAUGUAAAUAUUUAAAAAGGAUAGUUCAGGUGCUCAGUUUAAUUCUUGUCUGCUACAGUCCUCUGCCUUUCCCAUUCAUCCAGACAAGGACAAUGCCUGUUGCUUUGAAGCAGCACACAUUCAUGUAGCCUGGCUGCUCUUGCUAUUAGAGCCCACCCCUCACUUCCUUCACAUGGGCUAAGCAUGCUGCCAUUUAUGGCAUGCCCAAGACCACAUUAGCCAGAGGAGGAAUUAAAAAAACAAGCUAGCCCUCUCCAUUUGCAAUAGAGAUUAGAGUCAUCAGGACCGCCCAAGCAGCUGGUAUUUGAAAAAGAAAGUUUGUACAGAUAGCACUCUGUUAAGGAUGACAGUAGUGCAUGGGGCAGCAAACAGAAAAUAAACUUGACCUAUACCAGCUGUUUGUCCCUGCAAAAUUAUUCUCAGGCUGUUUUUGUUCUUAAAUAUGUUUGUGAAAGCUUUAAAAGUUAUCACAAAAAUAAGGACUUCAGUGAC